CGCCAGACGUUUUGAGUGGACCUACGUGGGGCUGGUGCAGUUCUGUGAGUUGUUGAUUGUACCAAACCUGGUCAGAGAAGAGCUGCAGCCUCAGUUAAUCUCUGCAAUUCCAUCGAGUUGCCGGAACACUGCCAGGGGACCCAUGCGUUUUUAUAAUAUGUCGACGAACUUACUGUUGGUUCCAAUCCCGGAGUCAUGCGACAAUGUGAUGAACAGAGACAUCAAGAUUGCAGUUUUAGGGUCAAGUACUGUUGGGAAAACAGCAUUGAUUGUCCGGUUCUUAACGAAGAGAUUUAUUGGGGAUUAUGAAUCAAAUACAGGAAAUCUUUAUUCAAGACUGGUUCAUAUUGAAGGAGAGCAGCUUUCAGUCCAAGUGCAAGACACACCUUGUGUCCAGGCUCAAGGAGAGUGUGCACGUUUUCCUGACCUUGUCUCCAGGUGUAUUCACUGGGCUGAGGGAUUUAUCUUGGUGUAUUCAAUAACAGACUACAACAGUUACAAACUGAUUCGACCCCUGUAUCAGCAUAUACGUAAAAUGUACCCUGACACUAAAGUCCCUGUGAUCAUUGUUGCUAAUAAGAGUGACCUAUUGCAUGCCAGACAAGUUCAAACUAAUGAUGGAAUCCAAUUAGCAAAUGAGCUUGGUGCAACGUUCUUAGAAAUCUCUACCAGGGAAAACUAUGAGGAUGUGUAUGAUGUUUUUCAACAUGCCUACAAAGAGGUGAGCAAACUGCAUAUGAACAAUAAUGGAGAAAAACGAAGAGGAUCAAUUAUUCCACGCCCCAAGUCACCCAACAUGCAAGAUUUAAAACGACGUUUCAAACAAGCUCUUUCUUCCAAAGUGAAAUCUGGUGCCACGUUAUGAUGUGGAAAAAACAAUCAAGCCCAGUGGAUAACAAGCAGAAUUGCACAGUAUUCAUAUGACUUUGUAAAUGGUGCAUUUUGCCUCCAGCAAGAUUAUAAACAUAGUUUUAAAUGAUGGCAGUGCAAUGUUGAUUAUUACAGUGAUUGACUCACUGUGGAGCAAGGUUGACCUGAGGGCAUUGACUAUCUCUUUACAUGCUAAUGCUCAACGAAUUUCUGCUACUACAGUGUAGCAAUGUAUUGUUUGUGAAUGUCUUGUGUUGACCCUUGAAAAGAUAGCAGAAUAGUUUUUCUAAUGUUGCCAAUAAUAACUUUUCAGAAUGUGUAAUGGAGCGUAUUCGUUGUAUGGUACAGUUAUAUUGAGUCUUGCAAUACAUUGUGAAGUAAGUGAAAUAUGAGGACGGACCUGGGACAACAGAAUAGUCAAAGAUUUUAAAAACUGCUACAGAUUUUGGGAGAUUGGAGUGUAAGCAAAGCAAAUUAUGUAGGAGAUCAGGUGAAAGAAUUCUCAACAGUCUCUGUUGCCAUUAUGAAGUUGCAACUAGCCUUUGGAAUUUUAUGAUUUGUGGAUUCCAUCUAAGAAAAUGUAAUUAUUUU